GCAGAUACGGGAAAGAAAGACAGAGAGAAAGAGAAGAGAAGAUGGCCUCAGAAGGCCAGAGUAGAGGGAGGCAGGCAUGUGGCCGGCGGAUCCGUGCCUGGUUCCUGGCCUGCAUUGUGUGUGCCAGCUGCAGGGACAGAGCACCGCAGGAGACCGCUGAGGAGAGGAGGGCACGGAGGAGAGCAGAGAAGGAGCGCAGAAGGCAGCAGCGCAGGGACAGGUGCAGUAGGCUGCUGCCUGAUUGUCUCUCCUUCUUCCGCAGACGCCGCCCUUCCACCACCACCACCACCACCACCAACUCAGCAGCAGCACCUGAGGAUGAUGAGGAGGUGCACCCUAGCGAGGUGUGCACCUACCCAGGGUACGUGGACCUUGAUGGGAUGCUGAACGCGGCCAACAGCGCCUGGGAUCCCAUGCCCCUGAAAUCCUACCGUGCCAUCAGUGCGGUGAAGAUCAAAGAGCCUCGGCAGCAGGACGGCUCCCUGGUCUACGCCACCAAGGCCAGCGUGUGGAGAGCUAGACCACUCCUGCAAUGGGAGAAGGUGCCACUGCGACCAGCCCUGGUGCCAACACGACCACCCCCACCCCCACCGCUACUACUGGUGUCCCCAGCGCCACUGCUGGUGUCCCCUCCGCCCCCUCCACCCUCACUGGCCCCGCUGUCCCCACUGCCACUUGCCCCCACUGCCACUGAAACUCAGGCCGUUGGGUUGCAUCGUCGGUCGUGGGGAGGUUGGGGAGGUGUCUGUCGGGUGUGGGGAGAUGUCUGUUGGCUCAAGGUUGUCUUGUGGGGAAUUUGCUAUCAGCUCAAAGAGUGGGUAAAGAAUAAGAUGUUCGACUUCGGCUGCAGACGGCUGGGGGCCAACGAGUUCUUUGCAGAGAAGGUGGACUUCAUCAGGAGCUGGCUGUGUGACUGGUUGCCAGGCGACAUCACAGAGACAUUUCAGAUGUGUUGACGUCAGUGAUAUUGAGUGGGGCGUAACUGGACAGGUAACAGGCAAUAGAGGAGAGACAGGAAGAAAAAUUGUAAAGAGAGAUGGGGAAGAUUCGGCAGAUGAUCCGGGCUGGAAUCGAACCCGUGUCGCUGGGGCAGCAGUCCAGUGCCCAGCCUGGCCGGGUGACUACAAUAAGUGGGGGCUAUAAUAAUAAAAUGGGACCAGAGAUUCUUUAAGUAUAGAGAUAUGCCAACAUAAUAGGUUUCUAUGGGCACCUAACGUGACCAGGUUCCGGUCUGCCUAAAGGGCCGUGUCAUAAUGCUCCUACAAUGAAUAGAACAGUCCUUAGGUCUGCCUAGGUCUGCCUAAGGGGGGCCAUAAUAGAACCAGGAAACAAUGGGCCAAUGGAACCUCUCUCUCUCUACUCUCUCUGAUGGGACUCUUACCAGGUAUGCACCUGAACACACCUGAAGAUGAUAAUUGAGUGCAGGUGAGGUUGAGCGAAGUGAUGGGUGCACACACACGGGUUGGCAGAGGAGAUUCAUGAAGCAACAGAGACUGACAGGAGGCCACACCAGGAGAGAGCGACGGAGAGAAGAAUGCUUCCCUGAGGGGGGAGAGGGGCGAGAGUGGUCGGAAUCGAACCCGGGUCGCCGGCACAGCACUUCAGUGCCCAGCUGCUUGAGACACGGCCGGGCCAUGAAGACGAAACUCUAAACAGACAGAGCGGCAUAAAACUGAAGUUGGAACUGGUGGCAGAGUAAAUAAACUUUCAUAAGAGCUUUAUAUAAAUAAAGUCUACUUCA